UAUUCAAACCUCACGGGAUGAGUCAUAAGAGGAACUCCUUUGCUGCGUUAGCGUCUCUCAUCAGUCCCGAAUUUCUGACAUAGAUAUCGUAUAUAUAUUCUAUACGCCUGUUUCCUUCUCAUAGACCAACAUGUCCAGUUAGAAUAAAUAUUGUGACAACCAAUUGCAGUACACAGGAGAUGAUGAAGAAGAAGACGCUGACAGUUUAGGGUUUAUAAUACUCUGAAAUAGCCACUGCUUUUGUUUUCACUUUGGGAAGCGCCUGAACUUGACCAUGGCUCAAGGUUAUGCUUCUCACCCUAGCUAGCCUAUGGCUCCGUUGGUGGAAUCAGAUAAUAUUUAAUUUGAAUUUUCCUGAAACAAAUACAACAAGAUUUAUUACCUCAUGGCUCGGAAAAGUAAUCAACAGAAGAAUGGGUUGGAUCACCAUACAUUAAACCACAAAAGAAGAGGUUCAGUUUCAGGGUGUAAUCCAACAAAUAUGAAAGGGCAUGGAAAAGCAUGUGAAGUGAAGGUUUUUCCUGGAGAAGUCCCAAAUGGUAACCAGCCAAGCAAGUUUGCAGAGAGUGUGAGUAAAGCCAAUUAUGCAUCAGAUGAGAACAAAAGUGAAAAAAAAUCUGAGAAUCUUUCAGGGACAGAGAAGCAAGGGAUGGGUGCAAUGCGAGGUCCAGAGCAACCAAUGUCUUCUGAGACUGAUUCAGGGGAUUGCAUUGGAAAUAUGGAAGCUUCAACUGAACAAGAAAAUGGAAUGCUACAUGAGCCUAACCAAGGUCGAGAACAUAAAAAAAGUAUCCUGGCAUUCUUGCCUAAUGGUCUAAAUAUUAAAAAUGUGAUAGAAAAUGUUGAGUUUCCAGAUAAUUUUGUGGUUAGAAGCGUGAGAGCAUCAGCGUUGUCAGUCUUAAAGGCAGCUAGUGAAUGGCUAGAUAGGCAAAGACCGUUGUUUGCAACUCUAACAACCAAAAUACUGAAUGCCCGUGAUUAUGCUAGAAUGAAGGUUGAGCAGACAUAUCCCAUUGUUUUGAAAUGGCUCAUGCAUUUUGGGAGUAUAAUGCUUCUUAUAUCAAUGGUUUGGUUAGACUGUACUCUUAGAGGCAUUGAUUCCUUCUUGCGCAUGGGGACAACAUCCUUCUUCUCAGUUAUAUGGUUCGGCAUAUUCUCUGUAAUUGCUAUGGUUGGGAUGCUCAAGUUUCUUAUUGUCUUGGCCUUAGCUGUUCUUAUCGGAGUGUUUGUCGGGUUCACUCUUGCAAUUUUGUUUGUUGCCAUUUCUGGAACUGUUCUCUUGUGGUUUUUUGGAAGCUUUUGGACAACAGUGCUUGUCAUCUUCCUUGGAGGGUUGGCAUUCAUGUUGAGCCAUGAACGUGUUGCACUGUUAAUCACCACCGUGUAUUCCGUAUAUUGUGCUUGGACAUAUGUUGGGUGGCUUGGUUUGCUUAUCGGUUUGAAUUUCUCUUUUAUUUCGAGCGAUGUUCUGAUAUACUUCCUAAAGAAUAAUAUAAAUCAGCAUAGAAGUCCCAAUAGGUUCCCAGAACAAACAGCUGGAAUGCAAGGUCAAACAGGUUUCUUUAAUGGUGACACGGACCAUGCUUCAACCUCUGAAACUGGCCCAGGGUUAUCAGCUGAUCGUAGUCCAGGAGUUCCCUCAACCAGUGGGGCUGAUUCUGAGUUAACUUCUGAAGAAGAAGUGGUUCGCUUGUUAAACUGCACUGAUCACUACUCGGCAUUGGGCUUGUCUCGGUAUGAGGACAUUGAUGUUUCUGUACUCAAACGGGAAUAUAGGAAAAAGGCAAUGCUGGUCCAUCCUGAUAAGAACAUGGGUAAUGAAAAAGCUGCAGAAGCUUUCAAGAAACUUCAAAACGCAUAUGAGGUUCUACUAGAUACUCUGAAGCGAAAAGCAUAUGACGAUGAAUUAAGAAGGGAGGAGCUGCUGAACUUAUUCCACAGGUUCCAAAGCACUUCUCAAAAGAAUGGAGGGCACGGCUUCUUUGCUUCUGGAUUUGCACACUCAGAGGCUGGUGGUGAGGACCCCUUUGCAGAUUCAAGGCGAAUUGCCUGCAAAAAGUGUGGUGACUAUCAUGUUUGGUUGCACACAAAGAAAUCAAAAUCUCGAGCAAGAUGGUGCCAGGAUUGCAACGAUUUUCAUCAAGCAAAAGAUGGUGAUGGAUGGGUUGAACAGUCUUCUCAGCCCUUCUUUUUUGGACUACUGCAGAAGGUGGAUGCCCCCUUUGCUUAUAUUUGCGCAGAUAGCAGGAUAUAUGAUGCUACCGAAUGGUAUAUUUGUCAGGGGAUGAGAUGUCCAGCCAACACCCAUAAACCAACUUUUCAUGUCAACACUAGUGUAACCUCCAAGCCUAACGGCGGAAAGGGAACAAGUUCAGGACAAAGAGGUGGUCGUAUGCCGACAUCUAAUAUGGAGGAAAGCAUGACAGAGGAAGAAUUCUUUGAGUGGUUGCAGAAUGCGGUGCAAGCAGGCAUGUUUGACAAUGUCAGUGGCAGUACCUCUACUGAGAGCCCAUCUGGCAGAAGUGGAAAUGGCACCAAGAGCAGUGGCAGCAAUGGUGGUGGCAGUGCCAACAAGAGAAAGAAAAAGGGAAAGAAGCAAUGGUGAUCACUCAUGAUUUUCGCAGCACGACAUUUGUAAGCAUUUGUGAGCCUGACACAGAAGGUUUAGUAACUUAGAGUGGCCAAUGGUCUUUCUUAAAGAAAAUUAAGGCCCAAGGAAAGUUUGAAUGCAUUAAUACAUGCCAGCAUGAGUUAAAAGUC